GACUAGUUUAGUAUUCACCUGAAGUUCAUCGGUUGUUCUACCGUUUGCCGGCAUUUACCGCUCAUAAUUAUUACGAGUAAAUAGUACAUUUAUUUUGUGCAUUUAAAAGCAAACAUGUCGCAGAUCUGCAAGCACAGUUUGCUGUUGAGCAAUCGUGUGGCACCCUCGGCUGCCGCAGCCUUGCGUUGCAAAUCAUCAUGGUUCACGGAAGUGAAAAUGGGUCCACCCGAUGCCAUUUUGGGUGUAACAGAGGCCUUCAAGCGGGACCAGAACCCCAAGAAGAUGAAUGUGGGCGUUGGUGCUUAUCGCGAUGAUAACACCAAACCCUUCGUGCUGCCCAGCGUGCGGGAGGCCGAAAAGCGUGUGGUCAAUCGCGGCUUGGACAAGGAGUAUGCGCCCAUCAUUGGCUUCCCCGAGUUCUACAACAAAGCCAUCGAGCUGGCCUUGGGCAAGGAUUCGAAGCGGCUGCAGGCCAAGCACAAUGUCACCACCCAGACAAUCAGUGGCACCGGCGCUCUCCGCGUGGGUGCUGCCUUCUUGAGUCGCUUCUGGACUGGCUGCCGCGAUGUGUACAUGCCCAAUCCUACUUGGGGCAACCAUGUGCCAAUUUUCGAGCACAGCGGACUGUCCGUGAAGCGUUAUCGCUACUACAAUCCCGCCAGCUGCGAUCUGGACUUCGCUGGCAUGAUUGAGGAUCUGAAGAAAAUCCCCGAGGGAGCUAUUGUGCUGCUGCAUGCCUGCGCACACAACCCCACUGGCGUGGAUCCCACUGUGGAGCAGUGGCGUGAGAUCUCCAAGGUGGUGAAGGACCGCAAGCUGUAUCCCUUCAUUGACUUCGCCUAUCAGGGCUUUGCCUCCGGCGAUGUGGAUCGUGAUGCUCAGGCGGUGCGCAUCUUUGAGGCCGAUGGCCAUGACUUCUGCCUGGCGCAGAGCUUUGCCAAGAACAUGGGUCUGUAUGGCGAGCGUGCUGGCGCUUUCUCCGUGAUCUGCACCGAUGAGGAGGAGGCUGCACGUGUGAUGUCACAGGUGAAGAUCAUCAUUCGUGGCUUGUACUCGAGCCCGCCCAUCCAUGGUGCUCGCAUUGCGGCUGAGAUUCUGAACAACGAUGAUCUGCGCAAACAGUGGCUGGUGGAUGUCAAGCAGAUGGCCGAUCGCAUCAUUGAUGCACGCUGCACGCUGAGGGAGAACCUCAAGAAGCUGGGCUCCAGCCGCAGCUGGGAGCACAUUGUCAACCAGAUUGGCAUGUUCUGCUAUACGGGACUGAAGCCCGAACAGGUGACAAAGCUGGCCAAGGACUACAGCAUCUACAUGACACAGGAUGGUCGCAUUUCCAUGGCGGGUGUGUCCAGCAAGAAUGUUGACUAUCUGGCCGAGAGCAUACACAAAGUGACCAAGUAGAAGGUGGACCAUAGACAGUGGAGUGGAGGUUUUCAGUAGAGCUAAGCUACUUAUCGGCACCUGUGCACGGCACCACAAGCAACGAAAUUUAAAUCGUGAAAUUUUUAGUCAAACUAAUUGCAUUUUCUCACACACAAUCACUGGCACUUCUCUCUCUCUCUCUAGAUAACUCUUUGUAAAUAAGCUAAAAGAUCUGCCUUUUGGUAAAGUAAAGCAUUUUAAAUGUUAAUG